CAAGAACAAGCCUCGUCUCUACGACAACGGGAUACAAACACGCGGGAAGUCGUCUCUCUGCCAGACGUUUACACUGAAAGGUUUCUUUGGUGACACAUUUGCAGAGAAUGAACAGAUGAUCUCACAGAUCAAAUAGAGAGGAAUGUCCACACAAUGCUUACACAAUCAACAAAAUCCAGAAAAUCAAGGUCAAAAAGGCCUGUCAAAAAGGCCGAGAGGAGGAGGUCAUCCAAGAAGAGAUCAGUCAGUGCCAAAGCCACCAAGUCAGAAGUGGACAUUCUCAGUCCAGCAGCCAUGCAGAAUGUUUACUACAUUUCCCACAAUGCAGUUGACUGUCUGGCGUUCCGAGGCUUUGGAUGGCCUAAGUCAACUAAAAAGAAAACAGGAGGAAUGAAGGGCAAGAAACCAAAAAACAAAAAGUGACUCUACCACAAACCUUGCCAAGACCAAAGCAAACAUUGUCAGUUUAGUACGGCUCUAUUCAAUCCGCAUGGUGGAAAUCCAGCUUUUCAGCGUGAUAUAAAUGUUAAGGCGCUGUUCCCAAUCAGUGGAGGCUGCUGAGGGGAGGACGGCUCAUAAUAAUGGCUGGAAUGGACUAGUUUCACGCUUGAUACCAUUGCAUUAACUCCCUUCCAACAAUUACGCUUCAUUCCAGCCCUAAGCAAACGCCACUAUUCCAGAUUCAUCAGACUGCAUUCAUGCUAAACGCUGCUUUUGUUGGCUAAAUCAGAAAUUACCUUUACACUUCUAUGGCAGAAUCUGUAACGCGUCAGCUUUACAGAUUGAAUAAAUCCCUAAUUAUAAUGUAUAUUUUAGUUGAUCUAGUCUGCUCAAAUUACAAAAUAGAACUCUGGUUACCUCUGGUGGAUUGGUUGUUAUUUACAGAGAACAGUGGAAAGAAAACAUGGGAAUACAUUGACCUCUGCUGGCCUACUGGCACACCAUACCCAGAUGCUCCCAGGAAAGAUUUCUGUGACGCGUGUAAAGAAUGCUUCUCUGGAUAAUGGAUGUUAAGAAUAAAAAAUGGCGAGCUAGAAUAACUGCCCUACAAAAUAAUCUAUUUUACUGGACGGUGAGGAAGUAUUGAGAUCGGUCCCUUGCUAGACAACACUAUCUUAUGUGAUGUAACACCUAUUUUCAAUUUAUGACAGAACCAAAUUCAGCAAAUGUAUUAACAUCUGAGUGAGGCCUACAAUGUUAGAGACCAGCAUUUAGAUUAUAUUUGCAAACAAUGCCAUUUACAUGAGCUACUCAGUCUCAAUACCAUAACAGCCACAGAAAUACAAUCCAUAGAACAGGCCUCGCAAUUCAAUUCUAUUUAUAUGAUAACAUCACUCAAAAGCAGUAACUGCACUCU